UUACGUGCGUGUCAUCAUCACUCGUUACAGAGAAACAAAAUAUGGCUAGUACUGAUAACUCAAACCGGGUCGGGUUAGUAAUAUCCAACACAGAUUCCAUUCGGGUUUUCCUCUCCGGAGCCUCCAACGACACCACUCUCUCCCCAGAACUCCGACAAUCAUCCUCCGAUCUGCUCACUCAAUCCGAUGUACCUUACGAGCCACUUCGUGCUAUCUGGAUUGCCUCUGAUCCAUCCACCAGACCCGAAUUGACUCAACUCUUCUCGGGUACCAGCUUCAUCUUCUCCAGCCCUAAACCCAGAGAAAAGAGUGAAGAAUUGAAAGCAAGGUUAAAAAAGUUGCAAGAUUUAGCAGAGAGGAAAGCAUAUCAAGAGCUUGUUAAGGAUAUUGCACCGAAGGAAGUUGUUCAAGAGCCAUUCUCUUCUUACAAGGAUCAAUUAGGAUUUGGUUUGCAUGUUUUGGUUACAAUGUUUACCGGCUAUCUUGUUGGAUUUGCAGCAUUUAGAGCUUUGUUUGAUCACAGUCCUGCGAUGAAUGCUGCUGGAGGAAUUCUUGGGUUGGUGGGUGCCAUGCUUGUUGAAACUUUCCUUUUCAUUAUUAGAAGUUCCAAUCCAGAUGGCGAUAUAACAAGAAAGUCCAAUAAAAAACCGAGAUCGUCCUUUGCCACAUCCAGUCUCAAGAAAAACCUGUAAACAUGAUCAAGGUGGUUGUUUUUUUAGUUAUGCAUAUAGUACCAAUAAUACUAAAUUAUAUAGUGUAGUCCAUUGUAAUUGUAAACACUGUUUUCAGUUAUAGAUAACUUAGAAGUGGCUAUUGCAUUAUUUAUCAUUGAUGGCCUUCCUUGAAGGGCGUGAAUAUUGUCUUUGAAAAUGGCAUCUACAUUGUACUCCAACAAAGUAUUUUGGCCUA